CUUAGUGGAACACUUCAGAGCUAAGCUUCAAAGCAAGGUGCAAGUUCUUGAGAGGAAUACAAAAAAAAAAAAAAAAAUAGUGAUAGAGAAAAACAUGCUCAAGGUUUUAGCUUAUUUCUUGCUGUUUUUGGCACUGAACGGUCAAACAAGUUUGGGACAAGUGAUGACUGGUGCUCCUGCAGCUGCUCCCUCCCCUCAGCCUCCGUUUUUGCCACCUCCACCAAAGCCACCAAAGCCAAUGCUUCCCGAAGAAGAGGUGGAAGCUGUCAAGAGUCUGCUUCGACUUAUGAGUCCAUACUCGCCUUUGGGGCCUGCCUACUUCUCGGCCUUGAGUUGUCAUUUUAUAAAGUUUAGUCCUGUGCUUACAUGCAAUUGCAUGUUGGAGGACAAAACUUGCAGAGUGGUUCUGAUUGAUCUCUCAGGUCAGGAUAUAACCGGUUCUAUACCACCAGAAAUUGGAAACCUAUCUCAUUUGGAAUCACUAAAGCAGCUUGAUUGGAAUUUGAAAGAUGUAUACAGAGUGAUUUUGUCAAAUGUUCCUAUGGCAGUGAAAUGCAUUUGUUAUUUUGGCAUUUCCAGAUACUUGAGGUCAAAUAGUCUUAAUGGGUCAAUUCCCAACUCUUUUGUGAAGUUGUCUCAGCUUUCGGAACUCAACUUAUGUGAUAACAAGUUGGGAGGACCGCUGCCGAAGUUCCUUCCUGAACUGAAGUCAUUACGAAGCUUAUAUUUGUGCAAUAAUUUGUUUAGUGAAUCAAUUCCACCGGAAAUCGGAGGUUGUCCAAAGCUUGAAUACCUGUCUUUAUCUAAUAAUUCUUUGUCGGGGAAAUUGCCAGAUGAGUUGGGGCAUGUUUCAACACUUCGAGGACUGUAUUUGGCUGAAAAUCAAUUUGGGGGUCGGCUUCCUGAAUCACUGGGAAGCCUAGCUCGUCUUGAAGAGAUGUAUGUGAUGAACAAUCUUUUUGAUGAUCAGUUGCCUCAAAGCUUUCAGAAGUUGACAAAGUUGAAGGCUUUCAAUAUUCGAGGAAAUGCUAUCAGCAAGAGCAUCCCCCCAUAUAUUUUCGAGUGGUACAAACUUGAAAGAUUGGUACUGAUGGGAAACAAUUUUGAAGGGCAUUUACCAAAUAAAAUCUUAGGAUUGCCAAAGCUGACUUACCUGUCCAUAAACAACUUACCUGGAGGAAAGACAGGUGUUUUGUUUCCCGAUAUUCACAUUAUGGUGUCUCUGUCAUUCUUGACAUUGAGGAAUUGUUCACUCACUGGUCCAAUUCCUGAUUAUAUCUGGCGGUUCACAAACCUGUUUUACCUGGACUUGAGUUUCAAUAAUUUGACGGGGAUAAUUCCACCAGACUUGAACCAGUUCCAGCAACAGUUCGUCUUUCUUAGAAGUAACAACCUCAGUGGGACAGUACCUGGAUGGCUGACGAGUUUGAGUAACUCUAACUCAUAUGUGGAUGUUUCUGAAAAUUCCUUUACAAAUGUGAACUUGACUAACGGCAAUAUAUCUUCAAAUCUGAACUUGUUCGAAUGCUGCUCUCAAUAUAAUGAUACCACUGGGACAAUGACACACAAGCUUUCGAAAUGGCAACAAGCUGGCUACCACUGUGACAAUGACACACAAAUUUAUGAUCAUUUGUACAUUAAUUGUGGGGGAAAUGCAACAUCAGUAGAUGACCGUGAUUAUGAAGCUGAUACGCAAUCAUAUGGUGGAUCAACUUUCUUUCUGAGUACAAAUAAGACUUGGGCUUAUAGUAGUAUGGGAACGUUCCUGGAAACAGAUGACGAUGAAUUCAUUCUAAAUAAAACAUGCAAUAUAUCAAACAGUGAUGCAUCUUUGUACUCAAAUGCGCGCAUAGCUCCAAUAUCGUUGAAAUAUUAUGGAUUUUGUUUGAAAAAUGACACAUACACGGUUAAACUUCACUUUGCUGAAAUAGGAUGGGAUACAAAUACAUCUUCUACAAUCAGGAAGAGAGUUUUUGAUGUGGAAGUUCAGGGCGGCCAGUAUUACCUGAGAGAUUUUGAUAUACAAAAAGAGGCAGGAGAUGUCAAUAAGGUGAGAACCAAGGAGUUCAAUGUAUCUGUAAAUGACUCAAGACUGGAGAUUCAUUUAUAUUGGACUGGGAAAGGUUCAACUUACAACCCAACAAAAUACUAUGGUCCCUCAAUAUCAGCUAUUUCCGUUUAUCCUGCACCGAGGGAACCAGAACCAGUUGCAAGUAACGACAAAAUUUCUUCCUCUGCUAUUGCCGGGAUAGUUGGAUCUGCGCUGGUUUUUGGCAUAUUAAUCUUGGCUCUAUCCUGGGCAUUAGUCAGGAUUCGUCUUAGAAAGCUCAGAGAUCCCGGAUUCAAAAAUUUCGACUUCAACAAAUUAAAUGCUGCCACCAAUGGUUUUGAUUCUGAUAACAAGAUAGAUGUAGCUGGGAAUGUCUACAGGGGUGAACUCGAUGGGAUUCAAGUAGCGGUCAAACAGCUUUCAGCGAAUUCAGAAGAAGGGGCCCAUGAAUUCAUAACCGCAAUUGGUACAAUUUCUGCACUAAAACAUCCAAAUCUUGCAACGCUAGUGGGAUCCUGUGCCGAGAAAAACCUACUUGUCUACAAGUACAUGGAAAAUGUCUCCCUUCAACAUGCAUUAUUUGGUCCAGCAGAAGUCAAAUCAGAACUAAAUUGGGAAACAAGGUAUAAGAUUUGCCUUGGGGUGGCAGAAGGUUUGGCUUGUCUUCAUGAGUCCAAACAAGUAAUACACUGCAAUAUCAAACCAACAAACAUACUUCUUGACAAGGAUUUUACCGUGAAGAUAUCCGAUUUCGAAUACUCCCAAUUUCAUGAUUCUAAGCAUGUUGAUGCCCGGCCCAAUAAAGACGAAACUGGUCUUGGCAGUAUGCCAAAACCAAAAAUGACGGGACAUAUGGCACCUGAGCAGGAAAAAGGCAACCGCUUAACACCUAAAGCAGAUGUUUUUAGCUUUGGAAUGAUCACACUUGAAAUUGUUAGCGGACAGGAAAUUUGCCCAUUGGGGUCAAAGGAUUCAAAUGACUACCUUCCGGUUAAGGCUUAUAAACACCAGGUGGAGGGAAAGCUUACAGCUUUAGUUGAUCCAGAUCUGAAAUCAUCAAAUUAUGAACCGGAUGAAGCACAUACAAUGCUAUGUUUAGCAAUGACAUGUGUGAACCCAACCGCCGAUGACAGGCCCACCAUGUCAUCUGUGGUUAAAACUCUUAAAGACAGUGAGAAAUUUGGGGGAAAAAAAAAACCUGUUGUAAUUUCUGAGCCUAAAGCUACCUUCCCUCGGUCUACUCAUUCUGGGAGUACUUCUCACGGGGAAGCUUCAAAUACAACCAUUUCUCCAUCCAUCGGCAAUGAAAUUGAUGAUUCUCAAUGUCACUGAUUAAUGUUUUGGGAUCAGAAACCAUUGAGAUGGAAUAUGGUACUGUUCUUUCACUAGUUUUGUGGAUGCUUACAAAUGCCCCUUUCUGUGUGUGAAUAUGUAUUCUGCAAAAACAUAUUUUUGGUUUAUGUAUGGUGUAUCAACUGCUAUUGCAAAUUUCAAUGAGUUCCAAAUUUCAAGAAAACACACUAUAUUUUUCCAUG